AUGCAUCUAAUAAGCACGGCGGAUAGUGAAGGCGCACAUGAGAAUCCACGACGUCCUCAUGUUUGUUCUUUCUACACCCACCCCCUGGGCUGUUUUUCCGUACCGUGUCCUUCACUUCUGGUUCACACACCCGUGGCGCAUCAAGUGGUCCCAAGGCCCAUUGCGUUGACAUCAACACUGGCACCCGAUGGUACCGUAAACUGUGCGCCAUUCUCCUAUUUCAACACUGUCGGUCACGAUCCGCCAACGCUGGCCGUGUCUGUGUGCCGCAAUGGUAAUGGGAGCAAGAAGGACACCCUGGUGAACAUGCUCGCAAGCGGUGAGUUCGUCGUGAGCAUCAUGAGCGAUUGGUUUGUGGAAGCUGCGAACCACACGUGCGGUAGCCUUCCCCCCGAGGUCGACGAGAUGGACGUGGCUGGCCUGACACCAAUCAAAUCGACGAUUGUGGCGCCUCCCCGCAUCAAGGAGUCAGCUGUGAACAUGGAGUGCAAGGUGCGACACACGUACGACAUCGUCAACAGCAAGGGUGACGUCACAACCACAGUUGUGUUCGGCGAAGUGGUAAUGUUCCACGUGUUUUCGCACCUGCUGAAAGAGAACGGCGCCGGGGAGGGCAAACCGACGGUCAACCACGAGGGCUUGAUGCCUAUCUCACGCCUCGGGGGAAACACUUACGGUCGGCUGGGCUCUGUGUUUGAUAUUCCCCGUCCACGCGUGGGAAAAUGAAUGGAUAUUUUAUCGAACAGUUUGUAGUCCGGCGUACUGUAUUGAUUAGUUGUUUUAAAUGUUGCGUAAUGCCGGUGACCUGCCUUUUCGAGUUCUGCGAGUCCAAGGACGCGCGUUUCGGGUGCUCCUGACAACUGUAUAUUAGCGUGUGCGCAUUUCUCGGGCAUUUUUGAGUGCGCACCCAAUUUAGCAAGGGCC